UUGAGACGAAUGAAAAUGAUAAAUUCCAUCCAAACUGUCAAACCUGUCAAAGUCUGCAUGAGAAUUUUUGUAGACGUCGUUCGCGGUGCUAUUGGCUUAACAAAAGAAAAACUUUUCGAUCGAAUUCGAGGCACUUUUUGUGUGAAAAAACCCAAAUUAACGCAUUUCGACACCGCCAAAUUUAUGUCCAACAUCCAAAAUUUGCAAGAUUUUGAUCCGUUUGCGGAUGCCAGCAAGGGAGCGGACGACAAUGUGCAAGACGGAUUGGUGCAUAUCCGGAUCCAGCAACGUAAUGGCCGCAAGACACUAACCACGAUCCAGGGCUUGUCGAAGGACUACGACCUGAAGAAGAUUGUGCGGGCGUGCAAGAAGGAAUUUGCGUGCAACGGCACCGUCAUCGAGCAUGCCGAGUACGGAGAGGUGUUGCAAUUGCAGGGAGAUCAGCGCGAAAAUAUUUGUCAGUGGCUCACCAAAGCUGGCUUGGCGAAAUCCGAUCAACUCAAGGUCCACGGUUUCUAAGGCGUCGUCAAUGUGAACGAAUCUACAACAAAUGUGGCGAAAAAAAAUGAGGAAAUUUGCUUCUUCCAACUCUCGAAAAAAAAAUAAAACCUAGACACAUACAAAAUAUGAAAUACACACCUGAGAUUGUUGUAAAUUUUAUACUUUUUAUACCUUACAAAAUAAACAAUUUGUUAAGAUAAUAAA